UUCAGUUAUCCAUAACUCCGCGUCAGACGUGUGUUCUGUCUCCUCUCAACUGAAAAAAAAAAUGAUACUCGCGUAUCUGGCGCUGCUGGUUGCGCUUUCCUUACCUGGAUAUCUGGAUGCUUUUCAUGACUUAUACGCCUUCGACCAGCCCGAGCUCUUUCAGGGAAAGAGCAACUGCAAACCCAUACCUGCAAACCUGCUCCUGUGCCAUGAUAUCGAGUACACGGACAUGCGUCUGCCUAACCUCCUCGGACACGAAACCAUGAAUGAGAUUCUGCAGCAGGCUUCCUCCUGGACCCCUCUGGUGCAGAAACAGUGUCAUCCGGACACCAAGAUGUUUCUCUGUUCUCUUUUCGCACCUGUGUGUCUGGAUGAUCUGGACGAGCCGAUUCAGCCGUGCAGGUCGCUGUGUGAGAACGUAAAGAGCGGCUGCGCUCCAGUGAUGGCCGCGUUUGGGUUCCCUUGGCCGGACAUGCUGGACUGCAAUCGCUUCCCUCUGGAUAAUGACCUGUGCAUACCACCUGCUGGCGCAGAUGUUUUAGUUCCAGUCACCAAGGAAGUUCCAAGAGUGUGUGAUGCCUGCAAAGAAAAGCCUGAGAAUGACAAUGAAAUUGUGGACAGCCUGUGCAAAAAUGACUUUGCUUUAAAGAUCAAAGUCAAGGAGAUCUCCUACAUGAAUGGUGACACCAAAAUCAUUCCAGAAAGCACGAACAAGACUAUCUACAAGCUGAAUGGUGCCGUUACUGAUCAUGACUUCAAGAAGAUGGUUCUUUGGCUGAAAGAUGGUCUUCAGUGUGUGUGUGAUGAAAUGAAUGACCUCAAUGCCGCUUAUCUGGUGAUGGGCCAGAAGAUGGAUGGAAAUUUGGUCAUCACGUCAUUAAAGCGCUGGCAGAAGGGUCAGCAGGAGUUUAAGAGAAUUUCUCGUAGUAUUCGCGAGCUUCAGUGCUAGGAUUGUCCACUGAUCAGAGCACUCAAAUGGUCUUGAAAACGAAGACCUGUAACAGUCACACCAUAUGUAAAUACAAAGGUUCAUUUAAAACCUUAAUGUCUGCUUUUCCUGGUCAGUCAGAGCUCAGGAUUGGUGGAACUGUCACUAGUAACUUCCAAAAAGCACCUAGAUUCAGCACAGUUAAAACAUUUCAUUUUCCCUCAUAAGUUUUGUCAGUUAACUGCACCUGUCAUUUUUACUAUUCACAAAACUCAUUCUUCUCUUCUAACAUUUUUGACUAUAAAGCCUCAAAACUGCCACAGAACAAUUUUCUGACAGAUGUUUUAGGAUAAAACCUUCUAGAAUCAGCUACAUUAAUGUAUGUGGACACCCUUUCUAGUCCCUUAACAAGUUCUAGUUAAAGAUAAAAAAGGAUCUCACCCAAAAAUGAGAAUUCUAUUGUCAUUUGCACCCUCAUGUCAUUUCAAAUGCACAAAACUUCUUUCAAACACAAACGAAGACAUUUUUUAUGAAACAAGAGAGAUUUCUGUCCCUCUAUUGAAAGUCCAUGCCACCAAAACUUUGAUGCUUAAAAAAGUUCAUAAAGACAUUGUAAAAGUAAUUCAUAUGAAUUGAACAGUUUAAUCCAAGGCUUCUAAGAGACCCAGUCACUUUAUAUGAUGAACAGAUUUAAUUUAGGCAUUUAUUCACACAAACAUUCAUCAGUCCAUAUGCAUAAAGCACAUAAAAUAUGGUAAACGAAAGCUUAAACAGUCCUGCUUGAUUCACAGCAACCAAUAAUGUGUUUUUGUGUGUCACACAGCAUGUUUGAGCUUCUUCAAGACCCAAUGAGAUUUGUUUUGUAUAUCAAGCAAGUACAGUUGAGCAAGUACAGUUGAGCUUCCAAUGUCUUGUUAAUAUUUUGAAGCAGCAAAGAUUUGUUUGAAUGGACUUUAAAUGGAACAGAUCACUCACGUUUCAUUAAACAUAUCUUUAUUUGUGUUUCAAAGAUGAAGAAAAGUCAGAUUUGAAAUUACAUGAAUUUUAAAUUUUGGGUUAGCCAUCCCUUUAAAGCUAUAUUAUACAAUGUCAUUGUAGAGAAUUCUGUGUUUUGUUUCAGGAGUUUGGAAAGGGUCCUUUUCUGUUUCUGAAUGAUAAUAACCAUGUACACAAAGCAACAUUUAAAUAUAACUGAUUUAUUCUGAUGUAGAAGAAUUUGACCGGCCUUCCCAAAACCCAGACAUUGAAUAUCUUUAUGAUGACCUCUGUUGCAACAAACAAGUUAAAAUCACACUAUUUUCUAGAAUACCAUUGUAUGCCAGUACAUUAAUUGUCCUCACAGAAAUUACUGGAAUAAUCAGACCCAUGUGAGAAGUUGAAAUGUAUGAAAAUUUCAAGGAAGUAAGAUGAAAUGCAUGCCAUUUCAUAUAUAGUUCCUCUAUCAAAUAUGGUUAGGAAACAUGUUUUCUAGCAAUGCAUGGUCUAUGUGGAUUUGAAUCUGCCACAGUACAUAACUGAAAGUGCUUGUGUGAGUAGUUUUGUUUUAAGUACUUUUAUCAGCACAAUGAGAUAGCUGGCUCUAUUCUCAAUGUUUAAAAAAUAUCCUAUGUGACACAAGUCCCUGAAGUAUGAUCAUGUAUGUUUAUGUGAAUAUUUUCAUUUUUCCCCAGACAAUGAUGAGUAGGCCAACAAAUGUAUGGUUUCUUUAGACCAGGGUUUUUGUCUUCUUUCUACUUGAGCCUAAAUACUGCACUGUUCUUGUAUUAUAUUCUUUAAAUUACAAUCAGCAGUUUUAUAUACUGUAGUAUUGGUUUAUUUUCUUUCUUUGUCAGUUAUAUUAAUGUUGUACUGUAGGGGUCUGUGUUUUGUUUUGCUCGCAAAGUUGUUAGCUGUUUUCUUUUGUUUUGGCAUAUGAAUACCCAGUAUUAAAGUAAAGUCACAUGCUGGUAAACCACAGAGACAUGCUUCUCUAUGUGUUGCACAGUUAGAGCCAUGUUGACUCAGUUUUAUUGUGCAGUUGGUUAGUGAAAAACAUCUCAAGAUAAUAUCCAAACUUUUGAUAUACUCUGUAAAUAUUCAAAUUUUUAUGCUUGUACAUAGUUUCAAAACCUGUUCCAUUUCAUUUGUUUGUCACAGUAGCAAUAUGAUGUCAUUUCAUUAGUGUUAAAUGCAUUCAUUUACACCCACCACCAUGUAAUGUAAUUUGAUCAUUGAUGAUUUGUAUCAUUUUUCUUCAGCCGGCACACAAUACAUAAUAAGUGCAAAUAAAUUUCAAAA